UGUGGGGUCAUUGUGCAGCAAAUCUUCAAACUAUGAUCUAACCCCAUAUUUGUGACCUGUCUUUUUUUACCCGGACAUUGUCUGCCAGGGACCGGGAGAAACAACAUGACGCGUGGGGGGCUCGUCACCCGCUAAGAGCAGGAUGGUCUCGGUGAUGACGGAGGCUCUUGCCACCGUGUCACUGUAACCGUUUCUCUCCUUGCUUUGCUUUCGCUGCUGAAAGAACUGAAAAUUCACCGAGCAGCUAUUUUGAGUUUCAUCUGUCGGCCAAUCGGGAAGAAUUUACUGAAGAUGUUGUCACAGCAGCUGAAAUGGUUCCUCUCGGGGAUCAUUUCCAAUCAAGACCAAACAAGCCUCUGAGCAAAUAUUGUAGAAUGGAAUGCAGAUGGACGGACGGUGACACGUGACCCUCAUCUUUCAAAGUGACUCACUAAAUGGAGGCGCCGGCGCCAUGCCCGAAAUGCAGGUCUUCUACCAGCCUCGUCACACUUUUCAUCAGCCUCCAAGCCGCUACCUGGACCUACUCCAACGGCGGUCCCUAGAAGACCAGAUUGAGCUGUGGUGGUUCCGAGAGCCGCGUCAGUCCCUCGUCUGCUACUGUGCUUCGGUUGCCCUCAUUAUCGGUUUGGGCCUGGGCGGCGUCGGCUUCCUCUCGACCACCAGCUCCGGAAAGUCCAGCGAGUGGCGUCUCGUGGUGGGCACCACGCUGUGCCUCCUCUCGCUAGCAGUUCUGCUCAAGCAGCUUCUCAGCUCUGCCAUCCAGGACAUGAACUGCGUGCACAGCCGGCGCCGAAUCGACCAGCUGAAGAGCGGCGGACGGGCUGACCCGGCGCUCAUCCUGGUUGUGGGUCUGGCAGUGAUGCUGUGCGGGACGGUUUUACUGUGCGUGGACACAGUCAGCAGCGGGGGCGAUGACAGCGAUGAUAUGUUGGUGUCCGGUCUGGUGCUGAUGGCCGUAGGACUUGGCAUGACUCUGGCUGUGGUGGGAUACGGCGUGCUGGUCUACCUGAAGAGAAGAAGGGAGCACGCCAGGAGGAGAAGAGCUAUUGGCGCAAGGAGGCUGGGAAGGGGGUCUGCCAGUGUUUUUCGUGUCUCAGGAGGAUCGAUGACCCAGGCCGGGAGGGAGACAAGCCUGAUCUGAGAUUGUCAAAGCAACUAUGUGCUGUAGAGUGGACCUUGGUAUCGAAACACGGUUGUUUCUCCUUCAGCUUGUUCUCACUUUGAAAUAAUUUUCCAAAGUGAUCCCCCCCCCAGCCCCAACCCCACCCCACCUACGCAGCGGUUUACAUUCCAGACCACCCCCGCAAUUAAAUUGUGAUAUCGAAAUACCCAAUUUAAAUACCCCCUAACAUUUA